CCCGCCGCGCGCAGAAUGUGGCCGCCAACACGGCCCCGGCCCCACGCGCCCUGGCGCUGGGCGCUGGCACUGCUGGCCCUGGGCGGCGCGGGGCUGUGCCACGCCAGUCCGCAGCCCGGGCACCCCGCGCGGCCCAGCGCCAGGAACAAGAACUGGUGCGCCUACAUCGUGAACAAGAACGUGAGCUGCUCGGUGCUCGAGGGAAGCGAGACUUUUAUCCAAGCUCAGUACAACUGUGGUUGGAACCAGAAGCCCUGUCCGUCUGCGCUCACGUAUCGCGUGAAUGUCAGACCCAGGUAUGUCACCAGGUACAAGACGGUGACGCAGUUGGAAUGGAGGUGCUGCCCUGGCUUCAGGGGGGGAAACUGUCAAGAAGGUCCCAGAGACCCUGGGAGGAUGUCCCGCCCCACGCCCGCUCGGCCCCGCAACAGCUUGAAGAAACCCACAGACAAUGAACCAAGCCGAGUCUCAGAGCCUAAGAAGACUCUGUCACCCACUCCUGCAGCAGACCCGAGUCAGACAAGAGAUCCAAAACAGGGGCCCCAGGAACUGCAGGAAAAGAAAAUUCAGGUGCUGGAGGAGAAGGUUCUCCGACUCACCAGGACGGUUCUGGACCUUCAGUCUUCCGUUGCUGGAGUGAGCGAAAACCUCAAACACGCUGUCCAGGAUGAUGCCAGCAAGAUGCUGGCCUCAUGGCUCAGCAACCUGCACCCCCGGCCAACGCCGAACAGCGCCGUGGGUGGAGAACCGGAAACGGUUCAGCCCCCUGGUGUCCUCAACAAUAAGGAGUCAGGAAUGAAGGACAUCAAGUCUGAACUGGCUGAAGUCAAGGAUGCCCUGAAAACCAAGAGUGACAAACUGGAGGAGCUGGACGGGAAAGUGAAGGGCUACGAAGGGCAGCUCAGACAGCUCCAGGAGGCCGCCCAGGGCCCAACGGUCACCAUGACGACCAGCGAGCUCUUCCAAGCCUACGUGGACAGUAAGAUCGAUGCCCUGAGGGAGGAGCUCAUGGAAGGGAUGGACCGGAAGCUGGCUGAUCUGAAGAACUUGUGCGAGUACAAGUUGAUUGGUUUCCAGCAGAACUGUGAUGACUAUGGGAGCAGCUACCUGGGAGUGAUUGAGCUGAUAGGAGAGAAGGAGGCCAAGCUGAGAAAAGAAAUCAGUGACCUUCAAGCCUGGGUUCAAGACCCUCCAGCCCGUGCAAAUUGCUGUGAUGGUACCAAGCCUGAUGACUUGGGGCCACAGAUCAAGAUGUUAGACCAGAAAAUCGAAAGAGUUGCUGAAGCAACAAGAAUGCUGAACGCACGACUGGACAAUGAGUUUGACCGCCUCGAGGUUCCAGAGCCGGACGUGGACUUCGAUGCCAGAUGGCAUGAACUGGAUGCAAGGAUCAACGUGACGGAGAGGAACGCAGAGGAGCACUGCUUUUACAUUGAAGAAACCCUCCGGGGCACCAUUAGUGGGGAGGUGGACGGCCUGAGGCAGCUGCUUGAUCAGAAAAUACAGUUCCUGGAGGAGCGGCUGGGGAGCGCCCUCCUGGAGAUGGUGAACGGCUCGGAGAUGGAACCUGCUCCCCCAGUGGCAGCCCCGCCCACUGUGUCGGGGGCUGGGCACCCGCAGGUCAUGAUGGAGUUAAAGCGCCUGAAGGACCAAGUGCGGGUGGUGGAGGACAUGUGCCUGCAGAACCUCCAAGGAGAGCCUCGUGGGAUGGAAGACACUUUGCAAAACGGGGGCAAGACGGUGAACCUUUUGAGAUCUCUAAACGACACAAUGCAGGGGAAGUUUCAGGACACGCAACGCAGCAUCCAGCGACUUCAGCAGGACUUCAGUUUUCUUUAUUCUAGGCUCAACCACACAGAUGACCACUUGAGACGUCUACAGAAUGAGCUGAGUGAUGGUAGAGGAGGGAAAAAGGCUGCAGGGGGUGGAUGGUCCAAGGUGGGUGAGCCAGGGAGGACGGAGGCACCCCUGCCGCCUCCCCAGGCCCCCCCAGUACAUUGCUGCGAGCAGCUGGAGGGCAGGUGGCAGCAGCUGCAGGACCUCGUCCUCAGCGAGCUGGACACUUGUAAGGAGAAGACGCACGGGGUCCAGAAGGAGGUCUCCGUGGUGGAGGACAGGGUGUCUCACGUGGAAAAGACCUGUAGCAAGUUGGACUCCAUCUCUGGAAGCCUUCAGAAGAUCAAGGAAGGGCUCAACAAGCACGUGAACAGCCUCUGGAGCUGCGUCCGGCAGAUGAACGGGACGCUCCGGACACACUCCAGAGAGAUCUCCGGCCUGAAGAAUUCCGUCCAGCAGUUCUACAGCCACGUCUUCCAGAUUUCUACUGACCUGCAAGACCUAAUCCGGUUUCAGCCAUCGGCAACGGAGGAGCCCUCAGAAACGCCUCAGCCUCUGCCGCGGGGGAAGGCCCAGGAAGAGUCAGGAAAGCCCUCGAGCCCAGCAGAGGCCCCCACGGAGCUGUCCACUCCAGUGCUAACCGCACUGCCGCCACCCAGCACUCCUGUGCCUCCGAGGGACCCAGGACAGAAGCCCAUCCUGCCCAAGAGACGACCCCCACCCCUGCGGCCUGGCUGGACAGGGCUGCCCUUCUUGCCUGGCUCCACGGGGGUCAUCAUGGAGACUGGAGAGGCCGGCCCCCCAGGCAGGAUGCGGGUGUCAGGGCGGGGCCUGCCCCGGGGUGUGGAUGGCCAGACUGGGCAGCGGCCAAUCCCCAGCGCCGAGGGCUACGCAGGAGCUCCAGGGUACCCCAAGCCACCGCCUGCAGCCUCCCCAGGGGCUCCGGCGCCAUCUCUCGUGUCCUUCUCCGCGGGGCUCACCCGGAAGCCCUUCCCCAGCGACGCCGGCGUGGUCCUGUUCAACAAGGUGCUGGUGAACGACGGGGACGUGUACGACCCCAGCACCGGGGUCUUCACGGCUCCGUACGACGGGCGCUACCUGAUCACAGCCACCCUCACGCCCGAGAGGGAUGCGUACGUGGAGGCCGUCCUAUCGGUGGCCAAUGCCAGUGUGGCCCAGCUGCACACGGCCGGCUACCGGAGAGAGUUCCUGGAGUACCACCGGCCGCAGGGGGCCCCGCACACCUGUGGGGGCCCGGGCGCCUUCCACCUCAUCGUGCACCUCAAGGCGGGGGACGGCGUCAACAUCGUGGUCACGGGGGGCCGGCUGGCCCACACGGACUUUGACGAGAUGUACUCCACCUUCAGCGGGGUCUUCUUGUACCCUUUUCUUUCCCACCUCUGAGGCAGCCGGGGAGCGGGAAGGGGCUGAGAGAGCUUGGAAGCUGUAAUACAUUCAGUGUGUGUGUAGCCGGGGCACGGGGCAAGCUCUCUGCAGACACCCCGCCCCUCCCCCAAGACAGAGGUGGCCGGCGGCGGGGGGGAACCACGGGUGAAUGUGGCCACCGCUCCCGUCACUCCGACUGGACAGCUGGACCAGAGUCGGAGGCGCCCCGCCUGCCCCCGGCUCCUCCCCCGUGUCCCCCAGCCUCUGGCUGGGCCUACCAGGUGCUGACCGCAGAGGCGCCGACUGCUGCCUGAUGGACCCCGUCCUCCCGAUGGACAAUGAGGAGGAGGAGCUGCUGCGAGGAGGCAGGCAGCAGAAGCUGGUACCCGCCGCGUCUGUCUUCACUGGAGCAGAGCCAUCGCUGGCCGUCUGUCUUUGUUUACCCUGCCGGCGGGAGGAGAGUUGAAACACUGAAGUGGCACAGGCCACCACAGACCCAGGGUGGACAGUGGGCUGUCCCAGGCUUGUCUCGCCAUCCCCUCCCCACCCCCGCCCCCAUGCAGCGUUUGCCUGGCUGAGAGGAUGAUGCAGGAGAGACUGUCGUGUGGCUUUUUGGGGCUCCUUGAAUGACAUGUACGACUCAAGUGCAAAGACAGGGAGUGGCAAUAAAAACAUAAAACACUUCCA